GUGUCCAGCUCUUUUAUAAUUUGCUUAUAGGUAUUGCUUGAUUGCAGUUGUUUAUAACAAUCUAGACAACAGCGCUAAAUCAUGUCUUUGGGUGUUAAGAGUGAUUUAUGGUGGUUCAAGUUCAAUUGACUUUGUUAUCAUAAACGGAGGUGUUUACUGUGGCUGGGAGAGUUAGCUGCAUUUGGUUGUGGACAAGGCAAAAUGACAAUGGAUGCAGAGAAGUUAGAGCUUCAAGAAUUGGACAAAACUUUACUACAGAAGACGGCAGCUAAGCCUCAGGGCAAAUAUGUAAGAGUGAUCCAGCCCUGUGUUGCCGAGCUGGUGGGCACAAUGUUUUUUGUCUUCAUUGGCUGCGUGUCUGUAAUUGAGAAUGUAGAGACUGCGGGCAGACUACAGCCAGCACUCGUACAUGGUUUGGCAGUGGCUGUGUUGGUAGCAUGUAUGGCAGAAAUCAGCGGUUCACAUUUCAACCCCCCCUUUACCAUUGCUAUCUAUUUAUGUGGUGGAAUGCAAAUGGCAAUGGUUGUUCCCUACAUUAUCAGUCAGCUUAUCGGUGGUGUACUUGGAGCAGCUAUGUCAAAGGUUAUGACAUCACAUGAGAACUACAUGAAUGCCACUGGGGCAGCCUUUAAUAUUCUUCAAUCUGAUGACCAACUGUGGAAGGCUGUCUUUGCUGAAAUUGCCAUGACGUGUCUGGUUACUAUGGUGGUGCUAUUGGGGGCAGUGAAUGGGAAGAGCAAAAGUCCCAUGGUGCCAUUCAUGGUGGGCUGCACAGUUAUUAUUAAUGUUUUGGCAGGAGGUGAUGUUUCUGGUACCUGUUUGAACCCUGCAAGAGCUUUUGGGCCUGCAUUGAUGGCUAACUACUGGACUUAUCACUGGGUAUACUGGGUCGGCCCAGUCGGGGGAGGUCUGAUUGCCGCUGGUCUCGUAAGGCUUCUGCUUGGAGAUGAAAAGAUUCGAGUGAUACUGAAAUAAUAUAGUAGUGCUUUAAUGUGUUUACAAUUUCAUAAAAAAUGAAGAAGAAAUAUUUUAUAUUUUUAACAAUAACAAAUUGAGUCACUGUUCUUGGUGUAAAUAAAUACUGAUGUCACCCAA